CACACUCACACGACUCACUGCGUGCCAGAUACAUCAGAUCUCCUUUAUGCGUUCAACUGCUAGAGAGAGAAACUAACUUCAAAUUUCUAGAGAGAGAAACACUGUGUGCAAAUGGACGAGAAGCUGAUACAACGGUUAGAGACCGCCGUGGCACGGCUGGAAUCACUGUCAGUCGGUUCGCAGUCACGAGAAAUCGAUUUUGAUACAGUUGCUGCUGCUUCAACCGAUCCAUCGAUCAUCGCAUUUGAAGAGCUGUUGACGGAAUACGUCGGUAAGGUUUCCGGUGCUGCCGUGAAGAUCGGAGGUCAAGUUCGGGAUGUUACUAAUGUCCUUAGUGAAGCUUUUACUGUUCAGAAGGAACUUCUUAUCAAAAUCAAGCAAACUAAGAAACCUGACAUGGUAGGAUUGGGUGAAUUUCUCAAGCCUUUGAAUGAAAAAUUAAUGAAAGCAAUUAGCAUGACUGAAGGAAGGAGGUCUGAUUUCUUCAACCAUAUAAAAGCUGUUGCCGAGAGUCUGACUGCUCUAGCAUGGAUUGCAUAUGUGGGCAAAGAUUGUGGAAUGAGCAUGCCAAUUGCACAUGUAGAAGAAUCUUGGCAGGCAGCUGAAUUCUACAACAAUAAGGUUCUUGUGGAGUAUAGAAAUAAAGACUCAAAUCAUGUGGAGUGGGCAAGAGCUCUAAAAGAACUUUAUAUAACUGGAUUGAGAAACUAUGUUAAGAGUCAUUAUCCUUUGGGUCCUGUGUGGAGUACUACAGGAUCAGCUGUCUCUGCUCCACCAAAAGUUGCUCCUAAACCAAGUGCUCCUGCUCCUCCACCUCCUCCUCCUGCUUCACUCUUCACCUCAGAGUCUUCUCAGCCGUCUUCAUCCCGUCCAAAGGAAGGAAUGGCUGCUGUUUUUCAAGAAAUUGGCUCAAAGCCAGUUACUGCUGGAUUAAGAAAGGUGACAGAUGAUAUGAAGACAAAGAACCGUGCUGAUAGAGCUGGUUUUGUCAGUGCUGGUGAAAAAGAAGUUCGUGCAAGUGUACAAUCUGCUUCUAAAGUUGGACCUCCUAAGUUUGAGCUUCAAAUGGGUCGCAAAUGGGUUGUUGAGAAUCAGAUAGGGAAGAAGGAUCUGUUGAUUGAUCAGUGUGAUUCAAAGCAAACAGUGUAUAUUUUCGGAUGCAAAGAUUCGGUUCUUCAAAUUAAAGGGAAAGUGAACAACAUAACCGUUGACAAAUGCACAAAGAUGGGUGUUGUAUUCACGGACGUUGUUGCUGCUUGCGAAAUUGUUAAUUGCAACAGUGUUGAGGUGCAAUGCCAGGGUACAGCCCCUACUAUUUCAGUAGAUAACUCAGCGGGUUGUCAGUUGUAUUUGAGCAAGGAUUCUUUAGAGGCAUCUAUAACGACUGCCAAAUCCAGUGAAAUCAACGUAUUGGUGCCUGCCUCUGGACCUGAUAAUGAUUUGGUGGAGCAUGCUUUGCCACAACAGUACAUUCAUAGUUUCAAGGACGGACAAUUUGUAACAACCCCUGUAUCUCACUCUGGAGGGUAACUGGUAAAAUACUUGCCAAUUAGUAUGUUGUUAUACUGGGUUUUUCAAAUAUAUAUUUUCUUUUUACGGUUGUGUUUUUCUUUGAAUACUAAGGUGGUAAUUUCCAUGUUCUUUAGUUAUCAAAGGUCUAAACAUACAAAUCUCUUGAUUUUAUCUUCCUGAUGAAAAUUGCGUGUAGCAAUCUGCAUGUAUUAAGCAGAGUUUGUUGCUUAUCUAAUCGAGUGUUUUUAAGUAUUGGUUUAUGGGGGUUCCAUUUGUGUAAUGUUUUGUACCAAUACAUUGUUUUUUAAUGAAAAGUUUAAGAUGAUUUUUGGCA